GUUAAAUUAAACAACAUGACGUGUGUCCCGGAGACAACUUACAAGUACCCUGAUUUGCCAAUAAAUCGAUGUAAGGAAGAGGUGAUGUCUUUGAUAGAGAGCAAUUCUGUGGUCAUCAUCCAUGGCGCCACGGGCAGUGGGAAGAGCACUCAGCUCCCACAGUAUGUCCUGGACCACCACCUCCAGCGCUCUACCUAUUGCAACAUCGUGGUCACCCAGCCGCGCAAGAUUGGGGCCAGCAGCAUCGCUCGGUGGAUCAGCCGCGAGCGUGCCUGGACGCUGGGUGGCCUGGUGGGCUACCAGGUGGGGCUGGAGAAGGUGGCGACAGAGGACACCAAGCUGAUGUACGUGACCACGGGGGUGCUGCUGCAGAAGGUGGUGGGUGCCAAGAGUCUGGCAGAGUUCACGCACGUCUUCAUUGAUGAGGUGCACGAGCGGACAGAGGAGAUGGACUUCCUGCUGCUGGUCGUCCGCAAACUGCUGCGGACAAACUCGCGCUUUGUGAAGGUCAUCCUGAUGUCGGCUACCAUCGACUGCAGGGAGUUCGCAGACUAUUUCGCCGUCCCCGUCCAGAACAGGUUGAACCCUGCCUAUGUCUUCGAAGUGGAAGGGAAACCCCACGCCAUCACCGAGCACUACCUGGACGACCUGGGGCACAUCCACCAUAGCCGAUUCUCCCCUCACCUCCUGGAGCAGCCGAUGAUCACGCAGGACGCAUAUGAAGUCGCCGCCGCCCUGAUCCGGAUGUUUGACGACCUGGACCUGAAGGAGAGUGGGACCAAGACCUGGGCAGGGACUGAGUUCGUGUCGGAGCGCAGCAGCGUGCUGGUGUUUCUGCCAGGUCUGGGCGAGAUAAACUACAUGCAUGAGCUUCUGGUCAACAUGACCCACAGAAGGCUGCAGGUCUACCCUCUCCACUCCAGCGUGACCUUGGAGGAGCAGAACAACGUGUUUCUGAGCCCAGUGCCUGGCUAUAGAAAGAUCAUCCUGUCCACUAACAUCGCGGAGAGUUCGGUCACAGUCCCAGAUGUCAAGUAUGUUAUAGAUUUUUGUUUGACUAGAACUCUGGUUUGCGAUGAGGACACGAAUUAUCAGAGUCUGCGGCUGAGCUGGGCCUCCAAGACCAGCUGCGAGCAGAGGAAAGGCCGCGCGGGGCGAGUGUCCAGAGGGUACUGCUACCGACUGGUCCACAAGGACUUCUGGGACAACUGCAUCCCCGACCACGUCGUCCCCGAGAUGCUGCGUUGCCCCUUAGGAAGCACGAUACUGAAGGUGAAGUUACUGGACAUGGGUGAGCCAAGGGCUCUGCUGGCCACCGCCCUUUCCCCGCCCAGCCUGGGUGACAUUGAACGUACCAUCCUUCUGCUAAAGGAGGUCGGAGCCCUGGCAGUCAGUGGGCAGAGAGAGGACGAGAGCCCCCAUGACGGCGACCUGACCUUCCUGGGGAGGGUGCUGGCCCAGCUUCCCGUCGGCCUACAGCUGGGCAAGCUCAUCGUGCUGGGCCACGCCUUCGGCUGCCUGGAGGAGUGCCUCAUCAUCGCUGCGGCUCUGUCUUUGAAGAACUUUUUUGCAAUGCCUUUCCGGCAGCAUCUCGAUGGGUACAGGAACAAGGUCAAUUUCUCUGGCAACAGCAGGAGUGACUGCAUCGCACUCGUGGAGGCCUUCAGAGCGUGGCAGACCUGCCGGCAGCGGGGAGAGCUACGCCACCCAAAGGAUGAACUUGACUGGGGGCGACUAAAUUACAUUCAAAUCAAGAGGAUUAGAGAGGUGGCCGAGUUGUAUGAGGAGCUGAAGACCAGGAUCUCACAAUUUAACAUGCAUGUGGGGUCCCGGAGGCCAGCCCUGGACCAGGACUACAGCCACAAGCAGCGCUUCAUCCUGCAGGUUGUACUGGCAGGCGCUUUUUACCCGAACUACUUUACAUUUGGGCAGCCUGACGAGGAAAUGGCCGUGCGGGAGCUGGCAGGCAGAGACCCAAAGACAACCAUCGUGCUGAAGCACCUGCCCCCCUACGGGUUCCUGUACUACCGACAGCUGCAGUCACUCUUCAGGCAGUGCGGCCAGGUCAAGUCCAUUGUGUUCGACGGCGCGAAGGCCUUCGUGGAGUUCUCACGGAGCCCGACAGAGCGGGUCAAGACGCUGCCCGCUGUGUACAUGGCUGUCAAGAUGUCGCAGCUGAAGGUCUCCCUGGAGCUCAGCGUGCACCCCGCCGAGGAGAUUGAGGGGAAGGUGCAAGGAGGCGCGGUGUCCAAGCUCAGGAAUACGAGGGUGAACGUGGACUUCCAGAAGCAGACGGUGGACCCCAUACAGGUCUCAUUUAAUGCCCUGGACAGACCGCAGACCAUCACAGACCUCCUGCUGACAAUCGAUGUCACGGAGGUGGUUGAGGUGGGACACUUCUGGGGAUACAGGAUCGAUGCAAAAAACUCAGGUGUUUUGAAGAGGCUCACUGCUACGAUAAACCAGCUGGAGUUGGUACCGCUGCCCGUUCACCCCCAUCCGGAUUUGGUCUGUCUGGCUCCCUUUGAAGACUUUGAUAAAGAAAGCUACUUCAGAGCUCAGAUUCUCUAUGUUUCUGGAAAUUCUGCUGAGGUGUUCUUCGUGGACUACGGCAACAGGGCUCACGUGGACCUGGCCCUCCUCAUGGAGCUCCCCUGCCAGCUUCUCGAGCUCCCUUUUCAGGCGCUCGAGUUCAAGAUCUGCAAGAUGCGCCCCUCGGCCCGGUCGCUGGUGUGCGGGGAGCGCUGGAGCAGCGGGGCCUGCCGGCGCUUCUGUUCCCUGGUGCGUGGCUGCGCCCUGCUGGUGAAGGUCUUCUCGGUGGUGCACGGUGUGCUGCACGUGGACGCCUUCCGGUGCUCGGGCCCCCAGGACGCCACCAGCAUCAGGGACGUGCUGGUCAGCGAGGGCCACGCCGAAUUGGCGGAGGAACCCUACGAGUCCAAGCAAAGCCAUGAAGUUUUCAAGGGUCUCUUCUCCAAGCCUGCAGACAGUGCGGCCGGACUGUCAGCGACGUCUCCGGUGAAGGAUCCCGAGAGGGGCCUGAUCCGCCUCCUGCUGGACAGCCUGGCCGCCAACAGGCUCGGCGCCCCGCGCUGCAAGGCCAUCCUCCAUGGCCCCUUCAGCCCCUACGAGCUCAAGUGCCACAGCCUGACCCGGGUGUCCAAGUUCAGGUGCGUGUGGAUCGAGAAGGAGAGCAUCAACUCCGUCAUCAUCAGCGACACCCCUGAAGACCUGCACCAGAGGAUGCUGGUUGCAGCCUCGCUCUCCGUCAAUGCCACUGGGUCCACCAUGCUGCUGAGAGAAACCUCGCUGAUGCCGCACGUGCCCGGCCUCCCCGCGCUGCUCAGCAUGCUCUUCGCCCCUGUGAUGGAGUUGAGGGUGGACCGGGGUGGAGCCUGCUACACUGGAGUCCUCUGUGGCUUGGGCUGGAACCCCACCACACGGACCCCCAUCCUGCCAGAGCACGACAUCGAGCUGGCCUUCGACGUCCAGUUCAGUGUGGAGGACAUCAUGGAGAUCAACAUUCUCCGGGCCGCAGUGAACAAGCUGGUGUGCGAUGGGGCCAACGGGCUGAGGUACCUGGGGCCAGAGAGGAUUGCGCAGCUGCAGGACAGCGCCCGCCAGAAGCUGCUCAGUCUGUUUUGUCAGUGGAAGCCAAGAGAUAAAAUUACUCCCAAGUGGCACGAGAGGCCGUAUGAGUGGAAUCAGGUUGACCCAAAGCUGGUCAUGGAGCAGGCGGAGAAGGAGGGCGGCCGCGGCGAGAGCACCUUCCUCUACCAGCUGCACAAGCUGGUCGUGCUGGGCACCUGA